AUACAGACCGGCCAUACCAGUGCCACCAUCUUUUUUCUUAUUUUUUCACCCUUUACGCAAGUUGCUUUGCCAGGAUCCUGGAUAUAUAAGGUCGUCUGGGUCUCUUGGAACCCCACACUCAGUUCCUAGUUUGAGUUCUUCUCGCUCAGUCUCGCUCUCAAUUCCAUCCAACGCUGGUCGUUGGUGUAUUAUAUUUCUUUCUGGUCAAAGAUCCCCAGCUCUUUGUGUUCAGCCAAAAAAAAAAAUUCGUCAUCUAUUCCGAUGUACUUUCAUCCACGUCGUUCCGGCACUGCAGGCUGCUUGCCCUUCAAAGUCUGUUCCGUUCUCAUACUUGGACUCGUUUCCCUGGUGUGCAUUGCUGCUCUACCCAUUGUCAGCACGGAUGAACUCGACGAUCCAGAAUCACACCCUCAUCUGGCCCGCAGGGAUAUUUCUAUUUCCUGGGAUGUCGAAGUCAAAUACAUGUACCGCGACGCACAACACCAAUCAGAAACCCCAAGGACAAUCCGAAAGCAUAUUGAAGAUGAAAUCCGCUCUCAUGUAUCCCCACAUGACACAAUAUCUAUCAAAUUUGCGAGCAACGGAAUUCCGGAAUUAGUGGACGACAAGAUUGAGUUUUACAUCACUUGGAUCUCGAGAACGAUGGCGCAUGGCAGAACUCUCGUGGGGGGCGAAAGAGGACCGGCCACGACCGGAGGAUAUAUUCACUUUGUGGGGAAUGAGAGCCCGACUCUGUAUGUCGUGAAGAUACGCCCGCCUGUUAAAUGGCGAGUGAACGUUAUUUUCGAAGGUGAUAGAGCUCGCGGGUUUUCGAAGGCACAAACAGAGCAUGUCAAGAAAGUCGUGGAAAAAGCGUUUCGCGAUGAUGUAGCCCAAUUAUGCGAAGUUGACACUGUGCAGAGUGUGUCUUUCCCUGAACAACGGCUUAGCAGCUAUGAUCAAGAAGUGAAGAUGCAUUUUCAUAUCGAUCGGAAUGAUGAGACCCGGAGUACAGGGUAUGUGCAGUAUACGGCGAGUGAAGACCAGCCGUAUGUGGUGCAUUUCAAUAGAGAUUAUGUGUCUAUAGCCGAACACGGAAGUGUGAGCACCAGCACCAGUCGCAUCCCACAGAUCAACGUUAUUGAAGCAUCACCUCCAAUUCCGGGACAGUGCGUGCUCCCUCAAUUUAAACACCAAAGGAGGACUUUGGGAUAAACACACAAUUGGAGGUUGAAGGUUUGGAAUUGGAGAUCAUGUCUUGCUAUCUUUGAUUCCUUUUUUUGGUGUGGUUGGCGUAGGUUGGCGUUGAUGGUCUGUGUUGGUGUCAGGCUGUGUUGGUGUCAGGGCUUAGUUCUGUUAUGAUACGAAUUACUUGUGUCGCUGUGAUCUUUCUCUGAUCUUCCUUUCUUUGAAUUUAUCAUACAUUUGGUCAGGUUCGGGGUAUAACAACAUCGAUUCAAGGACAAUCUUACCCUGACUAGCAACUCGGUCUCUAAUAAACUGUCGAAUCGGCUUCGGACUUGUCUUUUGCCAAAUUCCUUGUCCUUAACUGGGUCGACGGUUCAC